GCCCCACCCCAUAAAGGCCGCCGGGGCAGCGCUAGCUGCCGGCGGUAGCGUGUCCUCCUCGUGAGGAGGAGUGGUGGUCCGUCGGUCCGGCCGGCACUCCCCGCCUGCAGCGGCUCCCCGGCCUUUUUUUUUUUUUUUCUUUUUCCCCCUUCUCUACUGGCCGUCACCUUACGUUAGCCCUGUUCGUAGAUUUGGGGCCGCUUUGCUUUGUUUUCGGUCCCUGCUGCAGCAGCCGUCUCUCUCGCAAGAGCCGAUCCGGCCCGCUGGAGGCUUCCCCGGCAGCUGCCCGUGGGCGGCGCCGAGCGGAGCGGAGCGGAGCCGAGCCAGCCGCUGCGGGGAGCGGUAGUGCGGCGUGGGUACCAUGCCUGCCGCCCGCUCCGGGAAGCGCCCGGGGCAGCUGGUGCUGCUCUGCCUCUGCCUCAGCCUCUCGGGCGGGAGCCCCACAGAUCCAGCUGCGACAACACAAGAUGCCAGUCAGUCUCAGGCAAACUCUUUGACUAAGACCCCAGCUGGACUUAAUGAGUCAUCUUCUGAGCCCAUGAUAACUAUGCAAACUGUCAACUGGCGAAGUCAGGGAAGCCCUGCAAAUAAUUCAACUUGUGGACAUAAUGUAUCUACACCUGGUCCAGAUCUUGCCACACCAGAGUUAAAGCAGGGAACCAAAGUGUCUAAUGUCACUUUUGUGGAGUAUGAAGUGCUUCUACCUGGUGUUUCUGGUACUUCCAUUGAAAAAAAUAUCCCUUUGGACAGUGCAUCCAGAAUUGAACUUUCAUGCAGAUUGGACAAUAAGUAUUCACAUUUGAAAAGUUUUCAAGUGACUUGGAAGAGGGGAAAUGAAACAAUCAGACACAUCAAUAAAACUGAAAACAGCUGGAGCAUCCAAUUGAUGGUCUUGGAUAGCAGUAAGCUGGGAAGUUACAGUUGUACUCUGAAAGGUGAAGAAGAAAUCAGCGCUGUGUUUCAUUUACAAGUGCCGAAAAUUGAAGCAAAAGACAAACCCAUUGUCAGUUAUGAAGGAGAUGCAGCUGUACUGAUUUGUAAAAGUUGUGGCUAUACUCCCAUUGCUUGGACUUGGUACAUGACCAAUGGAAGUGAACAGAUUGUCAUUAAUGACUCUUUGCUGGCAGACAAGUAUGUAAUUAAUAAAAUGUCUGCCAAUGUAACCCAUCUGAAGAUACUGAAGCUUGCCAAGGAAAAUGAUGGUGUAUAUUGGUGUGAAGCUGCUUUUGAACUAGGGAAAAGUAAAGGAAAGCUGGAGCUUAAAGUUCUAUCCCUCAUGGUGCCUCUCAAACCCUUUCUAGCAAUUGUGGCUGAAGUUGGGGUUUUAGUAACUGUUGUUUUCCUUUAUGAGAUGUAUUCGAAAAAGAAAGAGAAACGUGCAGAAGAUGGAAGAGAAUUUGACCAAGUUGAGCAACUUAAAUCAGAAGAAAGCAAUGGUCUGGAAAACAGUAAUGCUAGGCAGAGAAGAAUUUAAUCUGGUUCCUAAAAAGGAGAUUUAAGACAACAGAAGUGGAAAUCAUCCUGAAGUUACAGAAGAUGUAUGUGGCUAUGCCUUUUUAACAUCCUCUAUGCUUCUAAAUAAACUCCUCUACACCUGAGAGAAAUGAGAUGCUUUUAAGAUACCUGUGAAACGGCUCAUUUGAUACAGCCGAUAAUGUAGUCUGCAUUUAGACCUUUGUCUGUCACAUUGCUCGUCAUUUUACUACUAAAAGGUAGUUUUUACCUGAUCAGACUUCCUGUAUUAUGACUGAUGUGUUUGAUUUUUUUAUGUCCUAAAUCGGAACUAACCUUGCAUUCACUGAAGGAACAGGGUUAUAUAGAAUGGGCCUAUUAUCUAAGUGUUAUAAAGCUGGACUUGUAAGAUCAAAAAAGUGUUUCCACCAAAGGAAAUGCCUUUUACUUGCAGAUAAAGCAGAUGUGAUACAGCCAUUUUUACCAAAGAAAUGGUCAAAGGGAAGUCUUUGUCAUGAUUUAAAUGAAAAAUUAGUUUCGCAGUUUGCUCUGAACAGUAGAAGUAUUCAUUCUACCUUUCCUUAGCUUCAUUUAAAUGAGAAAGCAAUAGUAGGUACAUUCUGAAUACUUAGGAUACGAAUUUUCUUAAGAUGUUCUGCCAUAUGUCUGUGCGCCUAUAUUGUAAUUUUAAAUAGGCUAAACCCUUAAAUACUCUACAGCUUAAAUAUUUCAGAGCAGAUAAAAGAAGAAAAUGGGAUGCAGUGCCACACCAGAAUACAACCACAAAUGUAAGGAAUUAUUUCAGAAAUUGCCACAGGGUCUGAGUGCUGCAAAACCAGUUUUGCAAUUAUAAUUUCUGGAGAACUCAGAAAUUUCACAAAUAUACGGUUCCUGUCAUACAUCCUGUCUGGUUGGUACUCCUACUUCUUGCAGCAUACAGCAUUGUUCCUAAAACUCACAUCAGAGCAUAGAGAAGGUAUUGAGCAGCUAAAAUUUUCAGGGUAAUAGGUUAAAGCAACAUCAACACUGCUAGUUCUCUUGUACAUAAAAUUGUGACACUGCUGUUAUGACUUACAAUAUUCCUUUAGAAGAGCUCGUUGCCAGAAUUUAAAAUAUCUAAAAUAUUUAAAAACCAUUUAGUUAGAUUAUGCAUUCAGGAAUUGAAAAAUGUGCAGCUAAUAGAAAAACAGUUGAUUGCAUUAGUUGCCUUUGCUUGCUGAUCCAAAAGAAAAAUAACUUCCAUUUUAAGAAAGGGAAAAGUAAAAUCUUUGAAGUUCGGAGUUUCAUCUCUCAAAAAAGUAUGAGGAAAAGAUAGGCAGCAUUUGUGGACACUCUAGGGAAGCAAAAGGAAAAAAAUCUGAACAGAAUUUCCUCAAAAUAUUCCUUUAUCUGUGUUCUAAGAAAUGACCACAGAAAAAUAAAAGGUAAAGUGGAUUUAAAUCCCUUUAUUUUUUCUACUUUACUGUUCUUAUGAGUUGGAAAAGAUUAGAAAAGUCUAGCACUGGCUGUUUGGUUGGAGAUGGGACAAAACUCAGUUUGAUCCAUGCUUUUUUGGUUUUCAUAGUUUAUUUUGCAGCUUUAACAACUACAAGUUAAAGCCCAAAUAAAAAACAAUGGGGAGUAUAUUAAGCAUUAAGUGAUUGACUGUAAGGGCUGAACACUGAUAAAGACUUCCCUUGCUAAGAUACUGUGUUUAUUGUAUUUUGCCUUGGAGUUUCUAUGCACUAUAAAAACCAGAAUGCAUUUACAGGUUUUGUAUGAGGUUAUCAUUGGUACAACAGCAUUUUUGUUAUAGCAAGUAAAUGUUUGCAGUUUGAAAAUAUUUACUUCUGUAUAUUGUUUGAAACAUAAAAUUUUAUUUUUUGUAGAAAACAUUUUUUGUAGGAAAUCCAGUAGUAAAAAUGUAAGCUUACUCAUAGAUCUAAGAAUUAGAUUCUGAGUAACGUAGAAUCAAUCUUUUGCAACAAAAAGGAGGCUAGGUACUACAUGAAAAAAAGCCUUUUAAUCUGAAAUGGUAACAACUUAUAUAUACCUUCACUGAGCAUUCCUACCUGAUCUUGAGAUUGUAGUAUGAAGUCUUAGCCAUCAUAGGCAAAUUAUGUAAAUAGAUACUUCUGGUUUUUUGGUGUUGGCAAACAAGAGCUGCACUGAAGGCAGGCAGGAACUGGACAACCUGGAUUAAGCAUGGAUUAUAGAUCUAUGAUGUGUUCCUCCUAUCAGGACUGGAUAGUUUGGUUAUUGGCUGCUGUAAUUGUAGUUUUGUCUUGAUCUGCCUCUAGUGUGUUCUGCCUGCCAUGUCUGCAAGGGGUUUGGUGUUUGUUUAUUUUUAGAUUGGCAAGUAGUCUUUUCUUCUUGGUAAGUAGUUCUAUUUCCUCAUGUCUGCCAAGGUUCAAACCUCCUUGGGUUCGCCUACAGAGGGGACUAAUAUAUAAUAUUAAAUGAUAACUAUUAACUAAUGGGCAUAAUUAAUGGUCAUAACUUCAAAGGUGUAAACCCUAAUUUUUUAGUCCAGAUACUACAUAGAAAGCUCUGGAAAUGUAGAAAUGUUACGUUUUGAGAAACAUGUUUUACAUGUUCAGAACAUUCCUACUGUAGUUGCUUUGUGUGUCUGUUUUGUUAUGCAAACAUAGCCUUCAACAGAAAAAAAUUUGGCAAUCUUAAAAAGCCAAAACCCUAAGUGAUAAUUUUUUUACACCUCAUUUGCCAAGAGAUACCAAAUGAGAGCCAUAAGGCUCUGUAAGAUAUUUUCUUCAAACAGCAGUUAGAGCUAAGUGUGAGGAUCCACAAAAAUAGUUCUAAUAAACAUGAAUCUACAAUAAUUGACUUAUGGGCAGGCUGACUCUAACCAUUACAAUUGUUUGGCAAAUCUUGUCUUCCAAGAUCAAAUCCUUUUCUUGCAAGAGGUGGUAUGUUAUUGGUUUCCAUACCAACAAAAGCCUUAUCCAUUUGAGAGGAAAAGAUUAAAGUCUGCGAAACAACCCUGAAGGGCUGUUUCCUAGUGCUUCAAACUGGUCACUGUAAAUUUAUCCUUUCUGUAGGUCCAAAGUAGACACAAACAACUGUGAGACUAGAUUCCUAGUGAAGCUUGACAAAUAGAACAGUUUCCAGACUGAGCUUGGAUAGAACUGUAUAAAUACCUCCUUCAGAUGGAGACCUAAGAAUGACCCAGUAGUGGGCCAGGAUAAUUAAGUGAUUAGCUAUAGGUCAAUUGACACACACAAUCUUGAGGAAGAGAGGAAAAAACCAUCAGUAUUGAUGCUGAUACUGAAAUUGGCAUCCAUGUGCCUCUGUUUUCAGCCAAAGAAAAUGAGUUUUAUAUUCUGCCUUUAAAUUAAUCCUCAAAACUUUUCAACACUGACUGCUGAGCAGUUAAAAUUAGAAAGAAAUUGGUUGGUGUCUUCAGUGUGUGUGUAGGUUUCAGUUGAGUGGUCCUCAGUUGAGUGUUGAGCUGCCCAGCACAUGCAGGCUGACCACACUUAGCCACAUUAUGUUGCAGUUUUUGCUGGGAGCUCCCCAAAAUUAGGAAGGGGCAAGGAGCGAGGAAGAAACCAGUUGAGAAUGGUUGCAGGGACAUGGGAGAGACCUGCAGGUAUUCCACAGGGGUCCUGAGGGACAGACAGCAGAAGCUGAGGUGACUUGCAAUUAGAUGCAUACAGGGAAUGUAGAAUGUAAAUCUGUAGCAAAACAACAUUUUUUCAGCUGUGCCAUUCAGAGUGUUUGUGUAGGAAGUUCUCUACAGUGUCGGAAAACCAACUGCUGUUACUAAGCACUUGCAUAGGUGAAAACAUAAAGCCAAGUGAUACAUUUUGUAAGAGAACUAGAAGGUACAUCCUUGGAAAAUUUUUCUCCACUGGUCUUAAAUAGUUUUGCAGUCAUGUUAUUUCUUGUGCUAGAAUAUGCAAAUAUAAUGCUUUAAACAGUUCUUUAUGAAAAAAUAACCCAAGUUCCAAACUUUACAACUUGCUACAAAAACUCUUUUAAUUGUGUAUAUUUACCAUUGACAGUAGUUAUUUUUUCUAGCUGAAUUUUAUAAGUCUUGUAAUGUUUGUUCCAUCUUUGUCAAAAUAAUGAUUGUUUUUCUUCCAUAUAGAAACUUAAUCUGAUUUGGUUUUCCAUUCAGCCUUUUAUUUAACCAAAGAAAGAUUUUUGGGCUUUGUAUUAUUCGGGUAAUAUUUCUAUCAGUUGACUUCCUGAAUUAUUUUAAAAUUGACAUUAAAAGUUAUAUAACAGUGCCUUGAAGGAAGGAAUUGGUUAAGUUCAUUUUUUCUCUUUUGCAGUAUGUUUAUUAAAAGUUUCAGAGGAAACUUGACAGCAAAAUCUAUUUUUCUAGUGAAAGACUACUGAAUCUAAUGCUUUUGUCACGCUUGCCUUAUUUUACAUUCUUGAUUUUAUACUCUGCUCACUCAACUGUUCUAUUGUUUUGCUUGAGCAGUUAAGAUGUAUACAGAAAAUGGGAUAGCCUCUGUAUGUUUGAUGUAUAUGCAAUAACAAGGAGAGUAGUUAUAAGUAGUAUGAACUGAUAUUGUACUUGUAAGUAAUUCCAAUAAAUUUAACCUU